AUGGCUGCCCGUCCGUUUUAUAGUGCAGUUCUGUGUCAGCGUCGCAUUCCGUUGCCCCGCCACCCAGGGAGCUCUGCACAGCGAACUCGUUCAGCGGCUUCGUUUGGCUCACCUCCGUCGAGUGCCGAUACGACCCUGACUCCAGAGCGCGCCAUCGUUCGCGUUUUGCGCGAAUGUAGAGAUGACUCCCCGGUGGCGGGCUGCGGAACUGCUGCCCAUAGAUCCAAGUCACCCUGGCGACCCGUCCUUCCUUCGCGCAAUCUCGAGGGAACGCGGCUGCGACGGCCUACUGCAGGUUUUUCCUUCUUCCACUAUUCUGCGUCCGCUGCUCUGUAUUCUCGCGCCUCGGCGGCUGACUCUUCCUCGUGUUGUGCGUUGUCGCCGCCGCGGCGGUCCUUCUCCUCUGCUUCGCCCGUCGCCGCCGCUUCCUCCUUGCGGCCUCGCUCCUCCUCUAUAGCGCUCACGUCUUCUCCACCUGCUCAGUCUUCCUCUCUUUCCGCCUCUCGCUCCCUGGCUUCGUCGGCGGCUCACCCGGCGGUUCACCUCGCACGCAGGCCGCACGACUUCCCUCGUCGGGUGUGCAUCGUCGGGGCUGGACCCGCGGGUUUCUACUGCGCAAAGUACCUGCAGAAGGCGGCGCCAGACUCCAGGCUGCGCGUGGACAUGCUAGAAACUCUGCCUGCGCCUUACGGACUCGUGCGAUACGGCGUCGCGCCUGACCACCCCGAGGUCAAGCGUGUCACAGAGGAUUUCGACGCGGUGGCGAGUCAGCCAGGCUUCCGCUUCUUUGGCAACGUCACGUUCGGGACAGACAUUUCCUUGGAGGAACUGCGGACGCUGUACGACGCGGUUAUCCUGGCCUACGGCGCCUCGGGUGACAGAGCCUUGCACAUCCCGGGUAGCGAUCUCCGCGGCUGUCUCUCGGCGCGCGCAUUCGUCGGCUUCUACAACGCCCAUCCCGCCUGCGUUAAACGAGUCGCCGAACACCUUCCGCCGCUCCCUCCGCUCGAGGGAGGAGAUCCAGAAGGGCUAAACCCCCCGGCGGCCUGCGUCGUCGGAAACGGGAAUGUGGCGCUGGAUGUUGCGCGGAUUUUGGUUAAGGCGCGAGAGAAGCUGUCCGCGACAGACAUUCACUCUCCCGCGCUCGACUGGUUCACUGCGGCCGGCGUGCGCCACGUCUCCGUGCUGGGCAGACGCGGCUGGGUGCAGACGUCCUUCACGAACAAGGAGCUCCGUGAGCUUGUGACAGACGACAGAGUCCUCGCCGUCGUCGACCCGCAGGAGUUUGAAGCAAGUCUAACUGAGUCUUCUCUGCAGGAACUCAGUGAAUCGCGGCUGAAGCAACGAUCCCGUGCACUGUUUGAGCAUAUGAUGAAAAACUGGGAUCGCCGCGAGAGCACAGAUCUCCCCGUCAUCCAUCUGCGUUUCUUGACCUCGCCCGUCCGUGCGCUUCCUCAGCCGAAUGACCCUUCUCGCAUCGGCGCUCUGGAAGUUGCGCGGAAUCGGCUCGAGGGCCCCCCGGGCGCCCAGCGGGCUGUGCCGGUCGGUGAAGGGGGAGAAGAGAACGCGGCAAACGACGCAAACACACCGACUUCGCCCGCGCUCUCCUCGCGCCUGCCGGCCUCCCUCCUCAUUUGGAGUAUCGGGUUCAAGUCUCUGCAUGCGCCGAAUUUGAAUUUACCGAUCGCGAGAGACACGGGGGCACUGGUGAACGAACGCGGGCGCGUCGUGCCUCCAACGGUCGACCGGUUCAACAGCAUCACAGCCGGGGGGGUCUACGCGAGCGGCUGGGUGCGCCGGGGCCCGCAGGGAGUGAUCGCGACAAACAUCCUCGACGCGCGCGAGACCGUGAACCAAGUGCUGGCGGAUCUCCGCCUCCACUCCAACCCCUCGGCGGCCGCGGCGGCGCGGCCUCGUGACGCAUCGCCGCGGGGAGAAGAAGUGAGCGCGGGAAGUGGCGCGCGACGCGAGCCGCGUCAGGCGGAGACGCCGAGCGGCGCGGAGCCUGAGGCGCGCGAUGCGAGUCGGCACGCAGGGCGGAGCGACAGCCAGGCGAUAGAGACGCUGGACGCCCUCCUCGUGGCGCGCGACGUCCAGCCGCUCUCGUUUCGGGGGUGGCUGGCGGUGAAGGAGGAAGAACGGACGCGCGGCGAGAAGCGAGGCAAGAGGGCGGAGAAGAUUCCGAGCGCGCGAGAGAUGCUCGCCGUCGCGAAGGAGAAACGACAAACGCAAGAUGGGACGCUGUGA